GUGGUUACUCGGUAAUCGAACAGUCAAAUAUGGCGGAGGAUAGCGAGUUGGCUGCCAUUCGUGCAAAGCGUUUGGAGGAACUACAAGGGCAAUAUGGGGGUCAAAAUGCGGCACAAAUGCAACAGCAACAGGAUGCCAUGAAGAGGGAGGCUGAAAUGAAAAACAGUCUACUGUCACAAAUACUGGAGCAAGGGGCCAGAGCAAGAUUGAACAGCAUAGCAUUGGUUAAACCUGAAAAGGCAAAAAUGAUGGAAAGUAUGCUAAUCCAAAUGGCUAGGUCAGGGCAGAUAGCUGGAAAGUUAUCAGAGUCCCAAUUGGUGAGUCUACUCCAGGAAGUUAGUGAGCGAACCCAAAAGAAAACCACAGUCAAGUUCAAUAGGAAGCGCCUUGAUGAUUCAGAUGAUGAUGAUUAAUUUUAAUUGAAUCCCGAGUUGAAACCACUAGAGACCUGCAAUAGCACAAUAAUGAAAGCUAUGAUACCUUGAAUGGUGCUGACUUGGAAUCUGACAAGGAAUUAUCAAGAGGAGAUUGAACUUUACCAGAAUCUCACUGACAGAUUUAAGCUGUUCAGUUGAGCUUGUCUUCUUAUAUGUAAAACCUAAGAGAUAUUUGUUUAUUGCUUGUGUGUGAGAAAAUACUACAUAGAAUUUAGAACUGAAGAAUGUUGAUGUCAAAAGCUUUGCAGAUGGGAUGUGUUUGCUCAGUUAGUUUGUAAGGUGUGAUGAUAUUAAUAAGCCAAAUGGUGAUGUGGAUGUUUUUUAUGGCAUUCUGAUCAUCUUUUAAGUACAGAUAUUCUG